AUGGCAGAGAAGUGUAACUAUAGAGACCUGAAAGACGAACUCAUAAGAGAUAGGAUCAUAGUAGGGAUUCUCAAUGCUCAGUUGUCAGCGGCCAUGCAGAUGGACGAGAACAUCGACUUGCCCAAGACGAAGGAGAGGGUGCUCCAAGCAGAAGGAGUCUCGAGGCAGCUACCAACCCUUCGGAAUGGCCGCGGCGACGCAGGAACCGCUCAAGUUCACGCAGCGUACAGCAACAAAGGUAAAGGGAAGAAACCUUUUAAGUCCAACCCUAAUCCUAAGUUCAAACCGCAGGACAAGAAGACGCCGCAAUCGCAGUCCAAGUACCCGGCUUUCUGCUGGAAGUGUGGAGAGCGACCAAGCCACCCAUUUUCCGAGUGUCCAGCCAAGAACACGAUAUGUGCAAAAUGCAGGCGAAAAGGACAUCGGACCAGCAUGUGCAAGGCCAAGGUUAACGAACUCAACGUGGAGGAUGAACCACACGCCGAGGAGGUAACCUACUACUUAGACAGGAUUGAAGCAACCCCAAGUAAGGCCCUUAGAGUAAAUAUAACCUCAAAUAAUAAAGUGGUCUGCUGGAAGCUAGAUUGUGGCGCUGACAUUCCUAUUUUGGGGAAUAAACAUUUAGAACUGUUUAAACCUAUUGAGAUAGUUCCCCCAAAUUGCAAGGUGUUGCUUGCUGGGAAUGUCCCUGCAAAGAUAACGGGCAAAAUCAAAGUGAAUUUCUCAUGGAAAGGUGUAACGUACAACUCCUGGGUUUACAUUAUGCCAAAUCAAAAGGAACCACUGUUGUCAAGAGACUUAGCCAUUAGAAUGGGACUAAUUAGUGUGGCACCAGAAGUUUUAUCUGUAUCCCAGGUCAGCAAGAAACCAGAAGAAUCAUUUCCAGAGGUUUUUGAAGGACUUGGACUGAUGGGCGAAGACUACCUAAUCAGACUGGAAAAAGGAGCCAUACCAUAUGCAGUCACUCAGAGCCGGAGAAUUUCAGUUCCUCUAUUUGAACCUACUAAGAAGGCCAUCAAGGAACUGAUACAACUGGGAGCCAUCGAAGAGGUUAGUAAACCAACCCCUUGGUGUGCAGCUGCAGUCCCCGUUCUGAAACCAGACGGCAGUGUAAGAAUUACCGUUGAUUACACUCAAUUGAACAAGUAUGUUCUAAGGGAGUGCCAUGAGAUGCCCACUGUAGACGAAUGCCUCGCAACCAUUGGAAAGGAAGCAAAACUGUUUAGUAAGCUGGACGCAAAGUGGGGGUACUGGCAGGUCCAGUUGAGCCCUAAAUGCAGACAGCUCACUACAUUUAUUACCCCUUUUGGUAGAUUUCAAUGGCGGAGAAUGCCAAUGGGAUUGAAGUCAUCUGGGGAAGUGUACAAAAGCCGUAAAGUAAAAGCACUGCAAGGCCUUGAAGGAGUCAUCAACCAUGUGGAUGAUGAUCUGAUUUGGGGAAGAGAUAUUGAAGAGCAUGACAAUCGCCUCCUCAAAGUCCUCCAAACUUAUAAGUCAGCUGGUAUAACACUAAACAAGUCCAAAUGUCAGUUCCGUGUUCCAGAAUGCAACUUCUUAGGUCAGCGUGUCUCGGCAGAUGGUAUCAAGCCCGGUGAAGAGAAAAUCAAGGACAUUCUCAACAUGCCGGUCCCCAAGGAUGAAACUGCAAUCAGAAGUUUCCUCUCCAGUGCAAGAUAUCACCUAAAAGUUAAAACUAACCAUAACUAG